AUGGCUAGAUGGGAUCAGAUUUUCUCUCUUCCUGUUCAAAAUCCAACCUUGCCAGAAUUUUCUUCUACCCAUCUUGUUUGGUCCAAGGUUGAAGGUUACAGAGACAACAUAGAUAGAUUAGCCCUUAUCCCUUUUGCUAGGGUCGAUGAUUUCGUCAAAGGUGAAUCCUCCAAUCAAGAUUGUCCUACCAGUUUCCAUGUCGAAGCUCGACGCCGGAAACCGAAAGAGAAAAAAUAUAAGCCAAAGGUUGAUGGCAUCUUAGAGUACAUUCUGUAUUGGUGUUCCUUUGGACCAGAUGACAAUAGGAAAGGCGGAUCAGUAAGGCCGAGUAGGAGUACAUAUGUUCCCAAAAAGAACAACGCAGGACGACCGAAUUCCAAGAGAGGAUGCAGGUGUCACUUCAUUGUGAAACGCUUAAUCGCGGAACCAACGGUGGCGUUGAUAAUUUACAACAGUGACAAACAUGUAGAUGAGAAAGGGUUGCCAUGCCACGGCCCGCAAGACAAGAAGGCGGCUGGAACAAGAGCUAUGUUUGCUCCUUAUAUAUCAGAAGAUCUUAGAUUACGUGUAUCGUCUUUGCUAUAUGUGGGUGUUUCUGUGGAGACCAUAAUGCAAAGGCACAACGAAUCAGUGGAGAAACAAGGUGGUCCAAGUAAUCGAGAUGAUUUGUUAACUCAUAGGUAUGUUCGAAGACUUGAGAGGAGUAUUCGACGCUCAACGUAUGAACUUGAUGAGGAUGACCAUGUCAGCAUCAGCAUGUGGGUUGAAAGCCAUCAGAGUCACGUGUUUUUCUUCGACGCAGACCCCUUUUCGUUGGGUAUCCAAACCGAGUGGCAGUUGCAACAGAUGAUUCGAUUUGGCAACUGUGGACUCUUGGCUUCAGAUUCAAGGUUUGGGACAAAUAAACUCAAGUAUCCUAUCCACAGUCUUGUUGUAUUCGACUCCGAGAAUAAGGCUAUUCCAGUUGCUUGGGUAAUUGCACCGCGGUUUUCCAGUGAAGAUGCAUAUAGAUGGAUGAGAGCUCUUUGUAACCGAGUCCAUGCCAAGGAUCCCUCAUGGAAGGUGGCUGGAUUCAUAGUUGAUGAUCCCUUUGCUGAUGUGAUAACGAUCAGGGAUGUGUUUCAGUGUCCUGUCUUGUUUUCUUUUUGGCGUGCUCGCCACGCAUGGCAUAAGAACAUAUUCAAGAAAUGUCCAGACACAGAGAUGCGUGUCAAAAUUUCUAGAGAGCUUGGGCAGGUUGUAGAUAAAAUCUGUAGAAGGCAAGGAACAGCCACAUUGUUUGAGUGUUUUGUGGAGGAUUUUGUUGAUAAUCCAGAGUUUUUGGAGUACUUCAGAGCUGUGUGGUCUCCCAAAAUAGGAGCUUGGACAAAUGCUUUACAAUCACAUCCCUUGGCAAGCCAAGAGACCUGUGCAGCAAUGGAGCUUUACCACUUUCAGUUGAAGUGCAGGCUUUUGAAUGAGAGGGACUCUGAAGUUUAUCAACGUGCUGAUUGGUUGGUCGAUAAGUUAGGGACAAAAGUACAUUCUUACUUCUGGCUUGAUGAAUAUUCUGGAAAAGAUAAAUUUGCUAGGUACUGGAAAGAGGAAUGGGCGAGCGGUUUGACUUCUUUCCGCAAAGCAUUGAGUAUACGAAAUUCUGAUGUUGUUAUCUCUGGUAUGUCAGCAAAAAUAACAGAUGAGUGUGACGACGGCAACGAAGUUCAUGUUGUUUGGAAUCCAGGGUCGCAGUUUGGUGUUUGCAGUUGCAGCUGGGCUGAAAAGGGUUACAUAUGUAAGCACAUGAUCAAACUUACACAAGUCUGUCUUGGAAACCGGGCUGCUAGGCAAUCUGCUAGCCUCCGACAGUAUUAUCAGACUUUGAGUGAUCUGCUACGCUGCCCACCUCACGAUUCCUUAUUCCGUGAUUAUGCAGUUUCUUUAGCCGUCUCUGUGGAAAAACAAAUCAACGCACUCUGUGAUCUGCAAAAGAGCGAUGCUAAUGAAGAUACCGUGCAGAAAGAAAUUGCUGACAUGGGACCAUCUAAUGGAAAAUCUCAUGAUGAAUCUGACCUGGUAGAUAAACAAGUUGGUCUUGUCGAAGUUGCGGGUUCUGAAAUGGAAAAUAUUGAUCCUUCACCAUGCCUAACCAAAGCUGUUGCAGAGGAUGUUACUGAUACGUAUGAAUCCCAACGUCCACCUAUCUUAUACCAAUAUCGAAGAAUGAAGAAGGAUAAGAACUUUGAAAGAGAUGCGAAAAGGUCGAAAAUUUGGGCCCCUGAGCAAGGGAGUGUAUGA